UCUCCUCGAAACGGCCCAGUUCAAUUAAGCCAACAACUAUACCAGGCCUGUGUCCUUUGGCUAGCUGUCAAUUUCAUCGACUAUGCAAGCUUAAGCACGCCCGCAUCGAAUGCAUUUUCCCUCCUUCACCGCUAAUUCUGGCCCCAUUCGUCAAGUGCAGCAACCUUGAUCAUGCAGUUCUUGACUCGGAAUCUGGAUCAUCCUAUUCGAAAACUCGUAGCCCUUUUUCUUUGCUGGAAAACGCUACUCCUGCUGGUAGCGUUGUGCAGCCCGGGGCCCGGCUAUGAUACUUCAGGUAGCCUCACGGAGGCAAGCCACGGGAAAGAACAGCUGCCAGUUGCACUUCGACACACAAUCAGCAAAUUAAUAAGAUGGGAUGCCCUUUACUUCGUGAAGGCUGCUGAAAGAGGCUACUCUUUCGAGCAAGAGUGGGCAUUUGGAUGGGGCUUUACCCGUGUUAUAGCUGCUUGCACUGAGUUCUUAAAAGCCGCUGGAAUUCCUCAUUACGACGGGUUGGAAGCUUGGGUGGCAAUCAAUCUUGCUCAUAUUGCCCAUCUGAUCUCGGUUCUUCUCCUCUUUUACCUCUCUUCAGAUGUAUUUCCGGGCUCAUCACAAAAUUUUGCCUUAACUGCCGCAUCGCUCCAUGUUAUCUCUCCAGCUGGACUUUUCCUCUCGGCCCCGUAUGCUGAAAGCUCCUGUGCCGCAUUGAGUUUUGCCGGCUGUCUGUUAUUUAUGAAGAGCCUCAAUCGCAAUGGUCGAGCCACAGCAAUUCAUGACCUUUACCUUAUUUUAGCGGGAGUCUCAUUUGGAAUUGCAACAACUUUCCGCAGCAAUGGAAUUUUAAAUGGUUUGCUUUUAUUAGAGGAAGCUUUCAGAACACUAUUCGUGCUCAGCUACGAGAGAAGCGGAGCAACACUGCGUCGUCUUCUCGCUGCUGGUCUUGGAGGGAUGUGUGUUGGUUCAGGUUUCUUGCUGCCACAGUACAUUGCAUAUCAAGAGUAUUGUGGAUGCAAAGAUACAGUUCCAAGAAUCUGGUGCCAAGGAACUUUGCCAAGCAUCUACAGCUUCGUUCAAAGUCAUUACUGGAAUUGUGGCCCUUUCCGAUACUGGACAGUGUCAAACAUACCACUCUUCGUACUUGGUACACCAAUUUUUACUAUUCUGAUCGUAUCUGGUCUUUGGGCACUUCAAUACACAGCAGCCAAUGGACCGCCUCGAGCAACAAAGCAGUAUGAUGUGAAGAGUAGUCAAAUUUCGUUUGGCAGGGAGGGAAUCUCGGUUCUCCGCAAUAUGGCUGUCAGUCAACUAUUUCUGGCAGGAAUGACUUUGACCACCGCCCACGUGCAAAUUAUCACAAGGAUAUCCUCCGCCUAUCCUGUAUGGCUAUGGUAUCUUGCAGCUUCGUCUCACGAAGGAAGACUGCUUGGGAUAUUUGUGAAAUUUAUGGUUCUUUAUGGUGUUAUACAAGCUGGAUUGUAUGCAUCCUUCCUCCCACCUGCUUGACAAAGGCAGAGAAGAUGCUGGGUUGGACUACCUAGGAAAUUGUCUUUACAAGCAUGAUCCUAAGAGAGAAUAUAUGUAUCUGUGCCUGCAUCUGCAAGUAACCGUACGGCGUG